CCCCAUCCCUUUCAGCAGGAGGAGCAAAAUGAAGGCUGGCUGCAGCAUUGUGGAGAAGUCAGAAGGAGGAGGAGGCUACCACUUCCCCGACUGGGCCUACAAGACGGAGUCCAGCCCGGGCUCCCGCCAAAUCCAGCUCUGGCACUUCAUCCUGGAGCUGCUGCAGAAAGAGGAGUUCCGCCACGUCAUCGCCUGGCAGCAGGGGGAGUACGGGGAGUUUGUGAUCAAGGACCCCGACGAGGUGGCGCGCCUGUGGGGCAGGAGGAAGUGCAAGCCGCAGAUGAACUACGACAAGCUGAGCCGGGCCCUCAGAUACUAUUACAAUAAAAGGAUCCUUCACAAGACCAAGGGGAAGAGGUUCACCUACAAGUUCAACUUCAAUAAGCUGGUGAUGCCCAAUUACCCCUUCAUCAACAUCCGGCCCAACGGUGUCGUCCCGCAGAGCGCCCCUCCUGUCCCCACGGCUUCCUCCCGCUUCCACUUCCCUCCGCUGGACAGCCACUCUCCCACCGAGGACCCCCAGCCGAACCGCUUCUCGGCCCGAUCCAUGGUGCCGGCGGGCCCAGAGCCCCUCAACAACGGCAGCUUCGGCGAGAAGUCUUCUCCGGUGCCGGAGCGGGACGGCAGCUCUCCCGACUGGAGGCACGGGGUGGACCUCCUGCCCUCCUCGCGCAACUCAGCCUCCGGCGCGGCCGGGAUCGGCCCCCCCAAACGCAAGCCAGAGUUGGUGCUUCCUCUCUUCAGCCGGCCGGGGAUCUACCCUGACCCCCACAGCCCUUUUGCCGUCUCCCCCCUCGCUGCCCGCGGGGGCGUCCUGAAUGUCCCCAUCUCCCCGGCCUUGUCCCUGACCCCCACCCUCUUCUCCUACAGCCCCUCCCCGGGCCUGAGCCCCUUCCCGGGCAGCAGCUGUUUCUCCUUCAACCCCGACGACAUGAAGCACUAUCUCCACUCGCAGGCCUGCUCCGUCUUCAACUACCACCUCAGCCCGAGGACUUUCCCCCGCUACCCCGGCCUGCUGAUCCCGCCCCUGCAGCGCCAGGGACCGCCUCCGGAGGAGCAGCCCCCCUUCCCCAUCAAGCUGCAGCCCCCGCCGGUGGGGCGCAAGAACCGAGAGAGGCCUGAGAGCAGCAGUGGGGCGGGGGCUUCCCAGGCGCCUCCCCCUUCGCCGCCUCAUGUCAAGAUGGAGCCUGUUUUGGACAAGGAGGCCGAGAGCCCGGAGUCCCCGGAGAAGAAGGACCAGGAAGCGGGGAAGGCGCUCUUUGCCAGGCCAGUGGCCCCCUCGUGGCCCACCCCAGCCCCCUUGCCCAAGCAGGAGGAAGGAGGGGGGGACCGGAGCCCCCAGGAGAAGAGGGAAGAUGCAGCCAUGCCCCCCAAGCUGCGCCUCAAGCGCCGUUGGCAUGGUGACCGGCCGGCGGACUUCCUGGAGGGGGGGAAGCCCUACUGGGGGGAGAGUCCCCUCAGCAACCCCCACAGCCUGGGGGCUCCCAAGGCCGUGGCAGCCGCAGGGGCGGCAGAUGUGUAG